AGCACACAGUUCAUGUCCAUGCAUCGUAGCACAUCUGAUUGUACAUACUGAUCUACGACUCCGGAUUUUUACGUGAAAUAACUCCGAUUUUUUGACGAUUAUAACCAACGAACGAAGGGAAAAUACACAAAGCUGUUAAGAUAUAUCAAUGUUCAAUGAUGUCAGAUGAAGACGGUUUCAUUCGGAAGCCAUCACCAUCAGAAGCAGAAUUAUACUUCUUGGUGGUGAAAUUCCUGGCAGCUGGUCCAUGUAGGGCAACAGCAGAGGUCCUGAAGCAAGAAAUCGAGAAACACGGGCUUUUUCCAACUCGAUUGGAUUGGUUAGGAAAUGAACAUCGAAAGAGCUUCGAAAACUUGACAAAUUCCAACCAGCACAUAAACAAUGACCACCUACUGCAGAUAUGUGAACGGAUCGGACCACUCCUCGACAAGGAUGUAAAGCCUAGCGUUUGCGGUGUUCGCUCAUUACUUGGUGUAGGCACACAGUCACUCCUACGAACUGCAAAAGACGUUAAGCCAACAGAAUGGGCCCCUUCGGUGUUUGCUGCUACGAUCCAUCAAAGGCCUCUCUUACCACCACCAAAGCAGACGAAAAACCCCAAUACAUUUCAUGUGUUACGUGGACGACUUCGUACUGGCGUGGCACGAAGGAACCAUUUAUUUCCCACCUCACAAUACCUCAAAACGGCUGUCCACCUACGUACCCUUGGCCAUUUGUCGUCUGUCUACUGUGUUGCUUUUGAUCGUAGAGGCACACGGAUCUUUACAGGUGCAGAUGAUCAUCUUGUUAAGAUCUGGAGUGCCCUUGAUGGCCGCCUUCUUGGAACCUUACGUGGCCAUGGCUCCGAGAUUGUUGACAUGCAUCUCAACUAUGAGAGCACCUUGAUUGCAGCAGCAAGCAUUGAUAAGGUGAUUCGAGUGUGGAACAUGCAGUCAUUGGCACCGGUGGCUGUAUUGACUGGACACACGGCUAUGAUCACUUCAUUAGAGUUUUCACCGUACAACCGUGGUCACAAUCGAUACAUGGCAACAACUGGCUCUGAUGGAACUGUGUGUAUUUGGACGUGGAAUGUAAACACUCAAGUCUUCAAUCACAGACCAACCCGAUUUCAGGAGAGAUCCAGAGCAGGAAGCCAAAUGCUGUGCCUCUCGUUCAGCCCAGGUGGUGCAUUCCUGGCUGCCGGUAGUUCAGAUGCCACCAUUAGGAUGUACAUGUUUGGCAGUAAUGGACCUGAGAAACAGUGUGAAUUAGAAGCCCACACAGAUCGUGUGGACAGCAUUGACUUUUGUCAUUCCAGCGAGCGUUUUGUCAGUGGCAGUAAGGAUGGCACAGCUCGUAUCUGGAGAUACGAACGUCAGGAAUGGAGGAGUAUCCUACUCAACAUGGACGUCCGUAUUCCUGGAGCGAAGACACCAGGGAUCGAUGAUUCCAAUAAGAUAAUGAAACACAGAGUGACGAUGGUUGGUUGGGAUCUUGACGAUCGGAGAGUUGUGACUGCAGUCAAUGAUCAUUCCUUGAGAGUAUGGGACUCAAGAACCGGGAAACUCCUCCAAGAACUCUACUCCCACACAGAUGAAGUCUUUGUCUUAGAGGGCCAUCCAACAGAUACAAGGAUCUUUCUGAGUGCUGGUCAUGACGGUCUCAUCAUCUUGUGGGAUUUGGACACCGGUUCCAAGAUCUACAGCUACUACAAUAAUAUUGAAGGUCAAGGUCAUGGUGCUAUGUUUGACUGCAAGUUCUCUCAUAACGGCCAGUACAUUGCAGCUACAGACUCACAUGGACACUUGUUAAUACUUGGCUGGGGUUCAAGUGAAAGAUACUCAAAGGUGCCUGUUGAACAAUUCUUCCAUACUGACUACCGCCCACUCAUGAGAGAUGCCAACAACUAUGUCUUAGAUGAGCAAACCCAACAAGCCCCUCACCUUAUGCCCCCUCCUUUCCUGGUAGACAUGGAUGGCAACCCUCACCCCAUCCAAUACCAGAAACUGGUACCCGGCAGAGAGAAUUGUACAUCCAGUGCCUUGGUCCCUCAGAUUGGUGUAGCUCCAAAUGGAGAAAACGAAGUCAUAAGUCAGCCACUAAGGGCAGAGCCUGUGAGACAACAGGGACCCCCUGCUGAGGAAGCAGCUGCCUUAAAUGAGUCACACGAAGCAUCCAGCAUUCUAGAUGAGAUGAUAGAACAGAUGCAGCGAGAACAGGAUGAACAGCAAGGAGUAGUCAGUGCUGCUGUUGCAAUGCCUCCACCUGCAGGUGUUCCGGUAACCAGACCAACCACACCCAGUAGAGGUGGCCCAAAUGGACCCCUAAGCCCCUCGGCAGUCUCCCCUAGAGGUGUGCGGCUUAGUGGCGAGAUAGAAGGCGUACGUCAAGCUACAGGCAAUGUUCCUAUCAGCCAGCAGGCAUCACAAGCUGAUCUGUUGGCUUGGAGUGAGCGAGUAGUGGUUCCGGAGCUCCCUCCAAACAUCUUAAGAAAUCAAGAAAAAAGGCGACGGUGGUUAUUAGAAGAGGAGCAAGCUCAUUUUAAGGUGGAAAAGAAGAGGAAGCCAUCCGUUGCAUUCCUUCAAAGGGAGGAUUCCAGUGAUUCCCUCGAUCGACUCAGAAAGAGAAAGAAAGCCAACACUCAUGGCUAUGGUACUCGGUCCAGCCGUGAGGCACUGAGAAGGGAACGUAGGGAGCAACGGGAGAGAGAACAGAGAGAGCAAGACCAAGAAGCCAUCAAUACUGAUGAUGAGGGAGAUGAGACCUUAGUAAUGAGUGGAGGAGAAACAACUGAAGAUGAGGUGGAAUGGAAUAGUAGCAGUGAAGGAGGAAGUGAAACAAGCGAGUAUUCUGAUUGGACGGCAGAUGUAGGAAUUAAUCUGGAACCACCCAAGAGAAGUCAGAGGCAAAUAACUCGUCGAAGAUUUUACAGCGGCUCAGACGAAGAAGAAGAACCAGAGUCAUCAUCACCGGCAAAAACGAAUAGGAAAGAAUCGAAAGCAAGAAAGAAGAAGCCCCCAGCCACUGUCAUUGAGGAUCAAGAGUUAAUCAAAGAACUGCCAGAAGAAAUGAAACCUCCUUGUUGGAUAACAGACUCCUCCCCUCGCCGAUGUCCAUACAUUCCUCAGAUGGGUGAUGAGGUGGUUUACUUACGUCAAGGUCAUGAGUGUUACUUUGAAGCAGUCAAGAGGUUAAAACUCUAUAAGAUUGAGCUGAAGAAACAACCAUGGUAUAAAAGAAAGUUGAGGGAGCAAGAAUUGGUGAAAGUUGUGGGCAUCAAAUACCAAGUAGGACCACCAACUCUAUGUGGCCUCAAACUUGCCUUCAUUGAUCCUGAAACACGCAAACAGACGGGAUCUAGCUUCUCAAUCAAGUACCAUGACAUGUCAGACGUCAUAGACUUCUUAGUUCUACGCCAGCAUUACGACAUCUCAAAAGCACGGAACUGGAAAGCAGGGGACCGGUUUCGAUCUAUGAUAGACGAUGCAUGGUGGCUGGGUACCAUUGUUGAUCAGCAGCCUUUCCAAGCUGAAAGUCCAGACAGCUUCUUUCAGUGUUACAACGUUGCUUGGGACAAUGGAGAGACAGAAAAGAUGAGUCCGUGGGACCUGGAACCUAUCGAUGAAGAUAACUUACCAGACGUAACAGGCGGCAGUGUUCCUGUCACUCAAGAUGAAGCUCUGCAAGCUCUGUACACCUCUGACUGCGCUGAGUGGGGUGAACGUGAUCCAACAGCUGAAUGUGAACGCAUCAUUGCCUGUAUUGAUCAAGUCAUGGGAUUACGCAUAGCUCGGCCAUUUAACACUAUGGUAGACCUGAAUGUCUACCCAUUCUAUGCCCAAGUGGUGUCUUAUCCGACAGACUUAGCUAAGAUCAAGACACGGUUAGAACUGCGCUUUUACCGUCGGCUGUCUGCUUUGAUGUGGGAGGUGCGACUGAUGGAACAGAAUGCAAUACUCUUCAAUGAGAAGGAUAGUAAGAUUGUCAAAUGUGCUGAACUCAUCACUAAACUCCUACUUGAUGUUAUCAGGAACCCUAAGUGUACAGAUGCCUUGGCUGUGUGCCGCAAAAUCACAGGUGCCAUGGAUCCAGACGAAGCGGUCAAGAUUGAGGAUUCAUCGUCGAAUGAAGAUGAUGAUAGACCAUCAACGAGCAGAAAGAGAUCAGCACAGGAUUUUGGUUCGCCUCCAGCCAAGAGGAGUCGUAGUCAUGCUUGCUACAACACUAAAGCCUGGAUCGGACAAUGCAAAGAGCUUAUGCAGAUGCUAUGGAACUGUCAAGACUCGGAACCAUUCAAAUACCCUGUGGAUGACAUGAUGUACCCGGACUAUCGGACCAUCAUUGACACACCGAUGGAUCUAAACAUUGUCCGUGAGCAGCUGGAUGGAAUGACUUAUCAAGAUCCUAUGGAGUUCUGUAAAGAUGUCCGUCUGAUCUUUACUAAUUCAAAGAGUUACACUCCAAACAAGAAAUCCAAAAUCUACUCUAUGACCCUCCGCUUAUCCGCUCUUUUUGAGGAGCACUUCCGGCCAAUCCUGGGUGACUACAAAGCAGCACUUAAAUAUGAGAAGCAAGUCAGAUCUGGCCUCAAAAGGAAAAGAAGCCACACCCACUUUGAAGACGCCUCCCCAUCAAGCAAAGCCAGGAGCACCUCAGUAGAUGCCUCAUCCCACAGUGAAGAUGAGGACAGGCCAGGGCCAUCUUCAAGGGCAGGGCCUUCAAGGGCGGGGUCUUCAAGGGCAGGGUCAUCCCGCCCAAGUUCAUCAAGGACCAACAUCAGGGACGUAGCUUCAUCUAGCAACAGACCAAGUACUUCACGACAAACAAGCUUGUCCUACACCAAAGAGUCCAACCAGAUCAGUACAAAAACUGCGAAGAACAUUCCUUCCAAGAGUAAAAAUUCAGGGAAUUCGACAGCAUUCUCAAAGACAAUAGCAGAGAGAGUCAAGCGCCAGACAGCAUCCAGAAAAUUGGGACAAGAAGAUGAUGAUGACAGUGAUGAUGACAACGAGAGUGACAAGGAUGAAGAAGAAGACGAGGAGGAGAAUGAGGACACAGAUGUGGAGCAGGAAGAUGAGCAGGAAGACGAAGGGGAAGAAGAUGAAGGAGAUGAAGACGAUGAGGAAGACGAUGAAGACGAAGAUGAAGAUGGCAAAAACCUCAGACCAAGAAGGAAUGGACUUAGGAGAAGAGUGUCCGCAAGAAACACAGCUUCCAAACUCAGCAAUGGUCAUGUGAAGAGAUAUGCAACAAGGCAAAAUACUGUCCAGAGAAAUAAUGAUGAGGACGAUGAUGAUGAAAACUCAAAUAGUGAAGAAAGUGAGAACAAUUCAGAAUCUGGAAGCAACUCGUCAGGAUCUUGUUCGGGGUCAAACUCAGAAAACAGCUCUGAUGAGCAAUCUCACGAUAGUGACACAGAACACUACAUGUCAGAGGACAAUGAGAACCACAGCACACGCUCAAAUAGAUCUCAGGCUCGGUCAACAUCCAAGAGAAAAAGCAGGAAGACAAGCCCAGAGGCAACGCGAAGGUCACAACGAACUUUGGCACGACCCAGACGAAGGUUGGACUCAAGUGAUUGUGAGUCAGAGUUUGUGUCGGCUGCACAGAAGCCUAAGACACGGAACCAGGGCAAACAGACAGUGAUUUAUCGAGACUUGGAUGAGGAAAGUGAGAAUCAGUCGUAUGACAGUGAGGACAUGAAUGGAGUUGAGGAUGUUGAGGAUGUCGUCACGACGGUAUCGAGUAGAGGCAGAGUUCGGAGAAUGACACAGAGGGCACGAGCUAAUAUCAUGGGAGAAUAGUGCCUUGGACAUGAACCUUUCAAUCUACAGGGUUAUUGAAAAGCCUGCAACUGACAUUGGACUUGCUGGAUGAAAGAAAGACAGUCAAGCUACCAUGGAUGAUUCAAGUGAUUUUUGCUUCUUCUUUUCUUUCAUAUUGGGACCAUUUUCAUACUUUUUAAUUCAACAAGUUUUGUGUUUUGCAAUUCAGUAUCCAACACUUCACUUGGUACCACAUUGGGUAACUAAGCUACUGAGUGUUGGGACACAUAUAAACAAUGUGUGAUCUUUUUUAUGUUCAGAUCAGAACCAGUUGAUUUUGAAUCUUUUGUUCUGUUGGUUUGUUAAGUUGGUUUGCUUUUUAGUUUCAUUUUACAUCUUCAGGAUUCUGAUUGUGAAAACAAUGUCCCUACUUAUCUCAUUGUUCAUGAAAAUUAAUAAUUAUGAUCUUCAAACCCAAUUAAACAACCAUUUGUUUAUCAGAGUUUUACAGCUUUUAAGCUCAGUUUUCUGUUCGUUUUAAAAUGUAUAAACCAUGUUACCCGACUGCACCUAAUGAUUUCCAUUGGCCAAUAUUUACACCCUGUAAUGCAUUAUUAUUACAGAAUAUGGUCCAGUGAUUCAAAUGUCAUCUCGGCCAAGUUUUUUUUUUUUUGGGGGGGGGGUCUUUUUUAUUCAUAAGGGCAUUGGAAAACAGUACAUGUUGGCAAAUUAACUACAUUUAUAAGCAAAAAAAGUAGUGUCAAUUUCCCUGUAAAAGUGUGAAAUUGAUUUAUUUAAAAAUUAUACUUGUACAUGUAUAUUUAUAUGCAUAACAGGGUUAAAUGGCCUAGGCCAAAAAAAUACUUCUGCUUCCGAUUACCCUACCUACCCUAUUUUGACAGAGCCUAUCCUAAUUUUAUUUUGGGAAAAAUGAAGAAAAAGCCCCGAAAUCAUCAAUUAAUACCUUACAUCCUUGACUACACGCAGACACCUCCAUAUGAUUGUACACACAAAAUAUUUGCCAAAAUCAAAAUUCCCUACCUACCUACCUACCCUAUUUUUAUUUGCUGUACAUGUAAUGGGAAGCAGAACCAUUUUUUUGGCCCUAUUCAAACGAUUUGUUGCAUCAAUGCACACGUUAUUGUUCUAGCACUUUGUUAUUUUUUAAGCACCGUUUCUUAAAACUUUUCCCACUCCGUUCUAACUAAAGUUGCUUCAAAUGUUACUUCUCUUCUCAAUAGAAGACACACUCAUCAAUGGUUUUCAAGAAAAGCAGAAACAGUGAGUUUUCCCUGAUCAAUUGAACAAGGUGAGAACUUAAAAGAAUCGGACGAAUACAUGUGUCAUUUUAUUUCAAUGCAAGUCGAAGUACUCUAUACAUUGUUGCCCAAUUAAACUUUUUGUUACAUUGUUAAAGCUAAAUA